GGCGGCGCUGCUACAGUGUAUUUUUCAACACCACAGCGAGCUCCCUGCUUCCUCUUUUCGUCACUCAAAGCUGUUUUCUUCUUGUUCUCGUCUCCUGCUGAAACUCAUCACAUCCCAGUUUCGACUCCAUACUCUUAAAUAACAGUUUUCAUUCUGACAUUUUUCAUAAAAACAACAUUUUCCUCCGCGAUGUGAGAGAAGAACCAUGCACCGCUUGAGGAAUCGUUGCAGGAAGUUCACACACGAAUCUGACUGAACCAUGAAUCCACUACAGUGGGGGGAUGCCCUGCGAGGACUGCAGGAACAUCUGGACCCAAGUGACGGUGAUGUUAGUAACAGCAUGAGAAACACCUCAAGAUCUUACAAUGGCUGUGACACAAACUGCGAAUACUCAAGAUACCCAGCUGAUGAAGCACACAACCGCAGUGGAGUCAACGUGGCUGAAGAAAUGAAUGACAUGGAGUUUGCAAGAAAGUGUGAAGAGCUCCGAGAGAUUCAGCAGAAAAUAAUACUCAAGAAAGCUUCCAUCGCUUUGAAAGCUUUGGAGCCAGGCCUCUCCUCCGAUGCAGACACAAGCAACGGGGAAAGCCUUCGAGACAGAGUCAAUUUCAUUUUGCAGCAGCGGAAAUCUCUCAGCAUUUGGCCAGAGGUCCUGUCACCCAAGAGGAGAAUUAACUCAUCCAAGGAUGAUUUGAUCCUUGAAGAUCAUCCCCUCAAACUGAGAGUGAAGGCAUUAAUGAAGCAGAGAUUCAGUGGCCCCCUCGUGGUGCCACCAAACACAGAGGUCCCUGAAGUUACACCGCCUCCUCCCAGCCAAAGAGUUACUUCACCAGCCAAGGAGGAGACCAGGGACAUGGGUUUCCAGCGCUUCCUUAGUCUUCUCAACAAAGGGGUGGACAUUGACUUGCUCAGCAGGAUUGUCAAUGAAGAUGGUGAGAAUCUUGCUUUAGGUGAGGAGAUCUUCAACAUUCAGCCCUCUGCUGUGGAGGACAAGUCAGAAAUUGGUGAUAGCCAGGGAUCAUACAGUAGAGACUCCCUGCCGGGAUGCAGUGGGACUGACGAUGGAGCGAGAAGGACCAGCUUGCCCAGUAGAGAAAAAUCCCUCAAUAACAGUCCCCCUCUGCGUGGGGAUGAAGAGAAAAAGAAUAAUGAGAAGGGGGACGGCUCUUUAUGCCCCGGCAGAGGAUCACAGUCUCCUCCAGCAGUAAAAAAGAAGAAGAAGAAGAAAGAGGAAGAACCCCCAAAGGUGGAUGAGCAGCAUGAGCAGCUGCAGAACAUACUUAAAACUCUGGGGUUGAGCCUGGAAGUGGAGGAGAUGAGCAAACUGGCAGACCGGACUCAGGAGAGGCUAUAUGGAAAGAAGCCUGAAGGCAGGGUUGAUGCUCACAGCCGAGUGGAGCAGGAGAGUCCACAGAGAGCCUCCGACAGACAUUGCAGGAGCUCAUCGUCUUCAUCGUCCUCCUCUACAAGGUCGACAGAGAGGAGCUAUAUCCCAAGCCUCUCACGCCAAUAUCCCUCUAACACUUGGUGUACAGAACGAAAGCAAGUGUCUGAAUGCAGUAACUCAGGAGAUGGCAACCAGGACAGUGAGGAAGCUCAGAGGCCCAGAGACAUAGACGAAGACGAAGACAGAGAAGAAGACUCUUCUUAUCUUUAUCAGUAUUAUCAAGAACAAGUUUAUUGCAAUGCCCACCCUGCUUCUUUGUCAGAAUUUUCAGAUUACACUUUGCCCCAGGGCUCCAGGCACACUGACUACGAUGGUGCUACCACUAAUUCUUACUCCACCUACACUCAGGGGGUUGUUCCUCCCCCCCAUGAUGUCAGAGGGUAUCCUUAUCCACCGGUCACAGACCAUUACUUUCCUGGAUCCGUAGUAGCACCAAACAUUGUUAACCCUCUUCAUAACCGGCAAAGAGGGAUAUCAGCAUUUAAGGACAUUAACUUGCUUGUGAAUCCGGACUUGUCUACAAGUGAAGGCCAGGCUGGAUCAGCUGGCAAACGCUGCCUGCAGGUCAUAAAUACAGUUAACACAAGGAUGCGUAAAAAGUGGAUUCAACUACGUUCAAGUAAAGAUCCAGCAGCUAAGCAUUUAACCAGAAGAUGAGGCGACAAGUCACACAGCCAGCCAUCUCCCGAACCCCUCACAAUGAAUCAGUGGAUUAUCAAGACCUUACAUGAAUGUACCUUGUGUGAUGACAGACCACAUGGACCUCACGUUUAACACUCGUCAUUUACACAUACCGUUUUUUGUGUCAUGGGGAUUUGUCAUAUUUCCAGAUUUACGCUGAAUCCUUCUACAGCAAGUGAAAUACAUCUUUCAAGGAAUGUUCUUGUGAAGAAUAUGCCAGUUGGAAAGGCAGGAAUUACUACUUUCAUCCCUGCAUUCCUGUGUAUAUCUUGACUUUGUUAUUCUGUUUCAUUCUGCUUUUUCUUCUCUUUGUACUGUAUAAAAUGAUAAAGAAAAAUCUAUUCUUCUGUUAUUUCUCUGCCUUAAAGGGAAAGUUCACUCAAAAAUGAAAACUCACUCAUUAUCUAAUCACCACUAUGUCGAUGGAAGAUGGGUGAAGUGUUUGAGUCCACAAAGCACUUUUAGAUUUUCAGGGGUAAACAAUGUUGCAGUUCUCUGGACCCGUGUUCACAUGUGUAUCAGGGAGAACAUGUUUUAGUAGAUUUUGAGUCGAAUGUGAAUGUCAGGUAUUUUUUUUCUGUGGUCAAAACCGUGAAUCUUUAAUUGUCAUUUUUUACUGUACAUUUUUUUAAUAGUCACCCAUUAGAGGAUCCCAGUGACUUUGUGACUCUACAUUUAUUCUAGCGCUGUCAAUAUGUCGGAAUUUCCUUAUGGCUGAGACAUAAUUUCUCAUGAUAAUUCAAAAAGGAAUUUGUUGUUUUGGUGAGGUUCUAGCAUAACGCUAUAAAUACUGAGAUGCUAAACAUUAAACCUGCUAUAACUAUGA